ACUGUACAAAGAGUACUGCAAAAUUGAACUCAACAAAAAUCCAAGAAAGGUAAACGAUAAACCUGCUAGCUGCGAAUGGUAUUCUCUCAGGCGCUCUGCGGAAAGCACGGACACUCUUUGCAGUGAAACAUUCUGUAACCAGCCACGUGCAGAAUACUGGCUCAAGGACAAUUCCAGAAAUAAGAAACCUGAUCGUCAUCAUGUUUGCACUGCCAUUGCCACAGUUGGCAAUAUUACGAUCAUGCAGUGGGCACGACAAAAAGGAUUCCCAUGGAAUCAAUGGACAAGUGCAUGUGCUGCUCAAAAUGGACACUUGGCAAUGCUCCAAUGGUUAAGAGAGAAUGGUUGUCCAUGGGGUGGCCGCACACGCUCGGGCGCUGCUGGAGGUGGCCAUUUGGAAAUUCUAGAGUGGGCUCGUGAAAACGGUUGUCCAUGGAGAGCAGAUACAUGUGGGGCUGCUGCUGUACAUGGCCAUUUGGGGAUUUUGAAGUGGGCUCGUGAAAUUGGAUGUCCAUGGAAUGCAAGGACAUGUGAGGCUGCUGCUCAAGGUGGUCAUUUGGAAAUCCUAAAAUGGGCUCAUGCAAAUGGUUGUCCAUGGAAUUAUCACACAUGUGGGGCUGCUGCUGGAAAUGGCCACUUGGAAAUUCUAAAGUGGGCUCGUGAAACUGGAUGCCCAUGGAAUGCAAGGACAUGUGAGGCUGCUGCUCAAGGUGGUCAUUUGGAAAUCCUAAAAUGGGCUCGUGAAAACGGUUGUCCAUGGAGAGCAGAUACAUGUGGGGCUGCUGCUGGAAAUGGCCACUUGGAAAUUCUAAAGUGGGCUCGUGAAACUGGAUGUCCAUGGAAUGCAAGGACAUGCGAGGCUGCUGCUCAAGGUGGUAAUUUGGAAAUCCUAAAAUGGGCUGGUUCAAAUGGUUGUCCAUGGAAUGAACGGACAUGUCGAGAGGCUGCUGCAGGUGGACAUUUGGAAAUUUUAAAGUGGGCUCAUGAAAAUGGUUGUCCAUGGAGUGCAUCAACAUAUCGAGCUGCCUGCUCGAAUAACCACAGCGAAGUGAUCCAGUGGCUACGCGACAAGAAAUGCCCUGGUUCUCGCGAUGAAGGACACUAGUAUACUAGAAUCAACAUCAUUUAUGUAAAGGUCGUGAAUUGAAUGAGUCAAUCAAAAGUGGAC